AUGGUUCUCUAUGAAAUUCAGUGCUUGAAACAGAUAUCUCAGAAGCACGCCAAUGAUGAAAUGCUUCGUUGUCUAGCCGCUCCUGGAGGUUUUGAAAAUGACGGAGUUUGCCUUAUUGCAAGUGACUACAGAGGAGGGUGUGAACCAGGAACAGAAGGAGAUAGAGAGUUGAUCCUGCACCUCAUUCGAGCUGUAAGCCAAAUUGAAUGUGAAUUCAGCGCUGUUAACAAGUUUGAUCCACUCUCUCAUCCCAAGUUCUGUGCUGUCGUGCAUCGAUCGAGGGCUAUGUCAGGUCCGCUUGGAGUUUACUUCCCAUGGUAA